CUCUUUCCUUCUGGUACCAAAUUUCCUCUUCCUUCCCCUUGGUGGUUCAUGUCUGAGCUUAAAUAACACUCGAAACCACCAGAAAAAGCGAACAGACAGGGGGAGUCCUGACAAAGCCUGGGACUUACAAUGGGGGACUUCAGGCUGAUUAGGGGGUCUUCUCCUCAGUGGGGUCCCCAGGAACCACCUGCUGAUAGAGGAGGAGGAGGAGGAGGAGAUGAUGGAGGAGGAAGGUCCCAUCCCCUGGCUCAGAUAGUCACUAGAUGUACAGGAGGCUCUGUCAGUGGUCAGUGAGGAUCACACCAUGUUUUCUCACCCGCCGCUCAAGACGGAGAUUCCAGACGAUUAUUCACCUCGCAUUAAAGAGCGCGGAGCCUUAACGGAGCACCCCUGGGUGCCAUCCACAGAGAGGCAUCAUAGCAUCAAGCAGGAGGCAGAGGAUAUACCUGGAACAAGGAUCCAGACGGUGGGAUCGAUACGAGUUGAUAAAACGGAAGGUGUCGGUGACAACGCGGUGCACUCAACCUACCACUCCACUUACACCGACAUCCCGACCAACGGCUCCGCCCCUCCACCUCACACCAAUGGGGAUGAAGAGAAGAGAGUGAUAGUGCCAGCGGACCCUCUGGUGUGGAGUCAGGACCACGUCUCCCAGUGGUUGGACUGGGCAGUGAAGGAGUACGGACUGUGUGAUGUAAAUACCUCUCUGAUGCAGGGAGUCGAUGGGAAGGAACUGUGUCGUAUGACGCGCGAAGAUUUCCUACGAAUGGCCUCGUCUUACAGCACCGAAAUGCUGAUGUCACACUUGGCCUACCUGCGUCAGAACAGUCCAACAUUCACCUACUCAGUCGUACCAGCUGCACCCGCACACCAGGUAGCACCACGGCACCCAGUGAAAACAGAGCCCCUGUAUGAAGAUGUGAGGAGACAGAGCUGGAGCUCGUCGGGUGGUACAGUCCAUAGAGUUUCCCCUCCGCUGACACCAGGAAUCACAAGUACCACUAACACUGGGCGCAGCACUGAAGAUCCUUACCAGGUUUUCGGGCCCACGAGCAGUCGCCUCUCUAAUCCAGGCAGUGGGCAGAUUCAGUUGUGGCAGUUUCUAUUGGAGCUCCUGUCUGACAGUUGCAAUUCCAGUUGCAUCGCGUGGGAAGGACUGAACGGGGAGUUCAAGAUGACGGACCCCGAUGAAGUUGCCCGGCGCUGGGGCGAGCGCAAGAGUAAACCCAACAUGAACUACGACAAGCUGAGCCGGGCCCUGCGCUAUUAUUAUGACAAGAACAUCAUGAGUAAAGUUCAUGGGAAGAGAUACGCCUACAGGUUUGACUUCCAGGGGAUCCAGGUGGUGCAGCAGUCGCAUAACAACGACCCCCCCAUCCCCAAAUACCCUGAAGGGAACUAUUAUUCACCCCAAGCCAAACCCCCCGGGCCCUUACCUUCCCAUCACCCUCAGUCUCCCACCCUCCCCACCCUCAUCCCAGUCCAGUACUUCAGCUCAGCACCCACUGGGGGACUGUACCCCGGCCAGGGCAUCACAAGGCAACAUGGGGGGCAACUGGGAACCCACCUGGGGACCUUCUACUGAGCAGAGAGACGACUCCACUGGCUCCAAAUUGCAGGACUGGACCAAGGGGCCCCAGUCUGAUGUCCAAUUUGGGUGGAAUUUGGGCUUAUUGAUGCCAUAGACGUUCCUCUAACUCGAGCUUGAAGCACCUCUGGGGCUGAUCCCUAAUCGACUGAAUUCUACCCUCUCACAUCUGGGCCAAGAGGUUCCAAUGGUUUCAAAUACCUGUAGCUUUGUAACAAAUACGUGGGGGGCCCGACUGAGAGUGGGACCCCCAAAAGACUGAGCUCAGCACUGGCCACUCACUUGGCCCCUUCUCGGCAUUACAGACACUUUGGGUUCCUCCCAGAAAUACAGACCAGAAGGUCCAACUGCAAAAUCACAGGAUCAGAACCGAAACCGAACAUCGGGAGGCACAGGAAAUGGCUGCUUGUCAUAGUUCUACUUCCUGUCUGUAAUCUCACUCAUUAAAGGGGAAAUAAACCCAAAAAUAAAGUUUCCCUUAAAGGAUAAGUAAGCCUUAAAAAUAAGUGAAUGUA